AUGAUGAGUUAUACGUAGCAGGAAGGAAAUACUGCAGUUAUCUUCUACCUCUUAAUGAUAACGGUGAUUAUUUGAGAUUAGUUUGUUUGCUUGUAAAAACAAAACUAAUUUAUUUGUGGUUUUAGUUACGCUACUGAAGAGGUGUUUCGAGUCACCUCUGUGCUCUGCAGACAUACCACCUCCACAUCCUCCACAUCUUAACUUCCUGCAGCGCAACACGCCAGCAAAGACUGAAAGACGCAACCGUGCACCAGUAGGUCCCUUCACCUCCUCUCCAAACCAGAAGCACCUUGCACCAUGUUCUGAACGCGACUUGAUCACUUUUGCACAGGCUAAAGAGGAUCGUAGGCUGAGGUCGGCUGUGACCAUAAAAACAAAACAACCUGAGCGGUAAAAACUGAAAUACAGCCCCUAAACAUAAAUCACGCCCUGUUAUCGUUAACUUUAUUAAUCUAGUAUUAAUCUUUUACACUCGUAUUUGGGGUCAUAAUUCUAAAAAUCCAAACUUUAUUCCUUUUUGUUGAAUGAUCGCCCCCACCUUAAUAAACAUCUGGGUAAAAUUACAGUGUGAAGUAAAGAGAUAGAUGACCGAACGUACCGAGCACAUAUAGGAUUGUUUAUACAGAGUUAUUUAAAAGUCAUUAAUUACGACACCCUUAGUAUUUGCCAAAACAUUUUGAAUAACUCACUGUGAGUAGACAAAGUAUAAAGGGGUUUAAAGUGAUGGCAUAUUAUAUAUAUGCCAUAUUAUUUUAAUGCAAAAUGAUAAUAAUAAUGUGUAUUUAUAAAUAGCACUAGGUUGAGUUUAAUAUAGAACACAUAUAGUAUAUAUAGGUAGAGGGUCCCUACUUAAUCUCUCCAUCAGUUUGUGGCCUGAAAAACCUUGAAGACCUGAUCUAAAGCUUGAGGAGCGGCUCUCAUUUCAUGUUUUUAAGUUCAUGUUGAAGGUCUUAGAGGUUGAUUUAACUGACUGUUCAUGUUUUAACUAGUGUAGUUUCCUUUUAGCAUAAUCAUCAAGUGACUCGUGUCCAAAUUUGUAGUUUCUCUGUCAGUAACUUGUGUGUUUUGGAUAACCUGACUCUAGUCUGUGUUGGAAAAGAGCUGUUUAAUCUCAGUGGGACUUUUCCUGGUUAAGAUUGUUCAGAGUUAUUAGUCAGACAAAGCUCUUCAAAGCUCGGCAGAAAGACUGACAAGGACUUUUGUUGUGUCCGAAAACGCGAUUUUACAUGACAGCGGAGUCUCUUUUGAUGAGAUCGAUCUAAGGAGUUUACUUCCUGCUGAACUGAGUCGGUCACUGCUACAAAAAACUUCAUUCUGAUAAAGUUGCUCCAGCAACUAAGUAAGAUUCCUGCAGGGACUGAAUCAAUACAGCGAGAAGAACCUCUGCAUCUUGGGCCCUGUCCCGUUCAUUUCAUUUCCCUGCGGCUCGUUUACGGCAUCUCCAUCCAUCGCCUCUACAUUUUAAAAGAUCGGCUCCACAGAUAUGAAAACGGUCCUCGCAGCCGGCCGAAUAUCUUGAAGACGCUUUGUCCCCGCAGCUUUUCAUUUUCAUGCAAAUGUGAGGCAGCCUUGCGGGUUCAAAGAGGGGGGAGGGUGACCGGGGGAAAUGCAAUAGAGGGAAUUCUUUGUGAGGCCUGACGCAAAUCCCAAAUGUUCUCAGGCCUGAAAACAAAAACAGCGUGAGGGUCUGCACCGGCCACGUUGGGCCCCUUCGAUCAAUAGACACACCUUCCGCAGCACAAAAAGCACCGAGGGCUUUCUCGAACAAACUUUCUGAGUAUCUCCCUCCCCGUGUUGCUCUGAAGCGGCAGCCAUCGGGAGUCCGGCGCGGAUGAUGAAGGUUGCGUUGCUGGACUCGCCAGUGGAGCGAUGAGGAGAGUCGGCCCCGUCAGCAGCAGAGAACUGACGCCCACUGGGAGCUCUGAGGCUAGCUCGUCCGGGGCCGCAUGAAGCCAGCGAACGUGGUGGCAUGUGGCUGGGAUUAGGAAAUUUCACUGUGGAUUAAAAUCUUUCCAACGCCUCCAUGGCCACUCGCUAGAAGAAAGAAGUCUGAAGUUCCAGCAGGGAUCCAGUGAGCACUCGGGGCCCAUGGUCUCACUAAGCAGCUCCAGGAUGUUCCAGCUGCUCCAGAGUCACAUCCAGCCAGCCGGACUCCGAAGCCGCAAAACCCGCCUGGUCACCAAAGACGGGCGUUGCAACAUCGAGUUCGGCAACAUCGAGUGCAGCAACCACUUUGCGUACCUGGUGGACUUCUGGACGACCUUCGUGGAGAUCCGCUGGCGCUUCGUUCUGCUCCUGUUCGUGGCUUCGUUCACGGGCAGCUGGUUCGUUUUCAGCCUGCUGUGGUACUGGAUCGCAAAGAACAACGGGGACCUGACCGGGCAGAACCGCACGGAUGGACACGUCCAGUGCAUAGACAACGUCAACGGCCUCACAACGGCGUUCCUGUACUCGCUGGAGACCCAGACGACCAUCGGGUACGGUGGCAGGGCUCUGACCGGCCACUGCGCCGGCACCGUGGCUCUGAUCAUCAUCCAGUCUCUGAUCGGAGUCUUCAUCAACUGCCUCAUGUGCGGCGUCAUCCUGGCCAAGAUCUCCUUACCGAAAAAGAGAGCCAAGACUGUGAUGUUCAGCGACACAGCUGUCAUCUGCUUGAAGAAAGGAAGCUUGUGUCUCUUGAUCAGGGUGGCCAAUCUCCGGAAGACCUUAUUAAUCGGGAGCCAGAUCUACGGCAAGCUGCUGAGGACGACAACCACACCAGAUGGAGAGACCAUCAUCCUGGACCAGGUGGACAUCGACUUCAUGGUGGAUGCUGGCAAAGACAACUUGUUUUUUGUGUGCCCCCUGACCCUCUACCACGUGAUUAACGGAUCCAGUCCGUUCUACGAGCUGUCAGCCGACACUCUCCCCCAGCAGGACUUUGAGUUGGUGGUUUUCCUGGACGGGACGGCGGAGUCCACCAGCUCCUCCUGUCAGGUCCGGACCUCCUACAUCCCGCAGGAGAUUCAGUGGGGUUACAGCUUCCUCCCGAUCAUCUCGCGCACCAAGACGGGAAAGUACCGAGUGGAUUUCUCAAACUUUUCUAAGAGCGUCCGGGUCACCACGCCGCACUGCGUCCACUGCUUCGAGACCGACGCAGACCAGAGAAACCACAACCACCACAACGCGGGAAACCACAAUAACCACGAGAAGGUGGGCAUCGACAACCUCGGGUUCCAAGUGAUUGACAUUCACGACUCUGUGGACAUCACUAAAAUGUGAGCUGCGAGCGGAGGAACUCUGACCAAAACUAAAACUUAGCGAAUCAGGAUGUGGGAACCAUGAAGUUUCACUGUCAGUCAGACUCGGUUACGCCGCCUCCUCGAGCAAACGUCUGAAUAACCGCCGACUCUUUUGGCCUUGAGAUAAAAAACAAACAAACAAAAAAAACUCUUUCUGUUAAACCAUCUGGAUUAAAAAUACAGACAUUAGAGAGAGUAAGGCAGCUCAUUACGAUCAAACCACUGCUGGGACUUUGUUUAGGACUUUGUGUGGAAGAGGGGAUUGAAGUUUUGACGCAUAGAGAAUGAAAAGGGGCUAAAAUAGUGGAUGGCACAGUGGGUACUUCUUGAGAAGAUUAGUGCCUGAUCCUGUAAUAAUGAAAAACUGUGUGCUUUAAAGGCAGCGGGGGGAAAUAAAAAGUAGGACAGGCUUUUUGAGUUUGCUCAUUAUUCCCACUAAAACGCUAACCGGUGUUUUGUUUUUUUGUUUUUGUUUUUUGUCAUGUUGACAGAGCUUGUGUGACUUGAUAAUUAGUGAAACUGUGAGAGUAGCUGCUACAUGAUAAUAAUUGUGACCAGUCUACAUUCUGUAGAUCGUUCUGUGUAACACUAACGUCUCAGGGAAAGUAACAUCCUUAGCUUGAAUAAACCCUUUUUUU